AUGAUGCACAGGAUCCCUUUUUGUAUGAGUCUUAUUCUCAACAAGGUGCUGGAGGAGGUGCUGGAGGAGGUGCUGGAGGUGCUCAGCCUUUAUCCUGUCUUUAUACAGAUCAGCGAUAAGAAAAGUGUUGAGGCUCUGGACCCCAGUCUGGAGCCCGGUCUGGAGCCCGGUCUGGAGCCCGGUCUGGACCCCAGUCUGGAGCCCGGUCUGGACCCCGGUCUGGACCCCGGUCUGGACCAAUUCUACAUAUCUGGAAACAAUACUGAACGCUCUGACACCUGUGUCUUUGAGGACCGCUCUGACACCUGUGUCUUUGAGGAACGCUCUGACACCUGUGUGUUUGAGGACCGCUCUGACACCUGUGUCUUUGAGGCCCGCUCUGACACAUGUGUCUUUGAGGCCCGCUCUGACACCUGUGUCUUUGAGGACCGCUCUGACACAUGUGUCUUUGAGGCCCGCUCUGACACCUGUGUCUUUGAGGCCCGCUCUGACACCUGUGUCUUUGAGGCCCGCUCUGACACCUGUGUGUUUGAGGACCGCUCUGACACCUGUGUCUUUGAGGACCGCUCUGACACAUGUGUCUUUGAGGCCCGCUCUGACACCUGUGUCUUUGAGGAACGCUCUGACACCUGUGUCUUCGAGGACCGCUCUGACACCUGUGUCUUUGAGAACAUAGAACCUGUAGUUUACUCAAAGAAUUUUGUUUCAUCUUGA